CUGGUAUGCCAGUGUCACAUUUGGUGGCAUUUGCCAUUUCCUCUCCACAAAAUGUGAAAAGUAUUUCUUUAAUUAAUUUAUGCAGGAAUAAAUAUGAAAGAAAUUAUUCUCCCAAAAGCGAAUGUCGGCCACAGUUUGUUUGCAGGCGUACAAACUGUACGAAUGUGAAGUUCAGCAAACAUCAAAUUAACAACACAUAAAAGCCUUUCUGAUUCUACUGGAGUCGGUAGAGCUUCGUGUGACCGGCUCCCUGCACACACUGUGAGCAGUUGUCGUUGAGGGGAGGGUGUGUGUGAAGAGUCGGUGAUUGUAGACGUCCACCCAGAGGAGUGAUCAGUUUCAGCAGCUGUGCAGCAGAUCAGGAGGAAGAGAGCACGCCGUGUCAUCCCCUCUCUGCCAUGUGAUUUUCAUUACUGGAACUUUGAGGAGAGUUCAACAGUGAAAGGCUUCAGGGAAACACAUGAAGAAGCAAAGGAAAGGCGACACCACCAGCGUCCUGCUCUCAUCCCCAACUGAGCGCAGCAACAUGCAGGUUUACCAUGACCUGCAGAAGGUGGCCUUUAAGAUGCAUUCUGGGAACGGUCACGCUGUAGAAAAUGGCUCACACGCCAGGAGAGACCAGCCCCCCAGCAGAGACGGUACAGUCCAGAUGUCUCCUGCUUCAGAUAUCGUCUCCAACAGCCAGGAACAAAAGUACAGCAUAAAAGACGAGGCUGUUCACAGGAACUCCACGUGGACGAUGGAUUCAAGCAGCCAGGCCUUCUCUGGGCACGAGGACCUCUCCACCGACCCACACGAGAGCCUGACAGAGACUUCAACUUUGACCUUUGUGGACGCCCACACUCUGGAGGAAUCAGCGGAGAACCACAGUCUCCACGGAGUGGAGAUGGUUUACCUGAAGGAGUUUGUGCUGAUAGAUGAUGAUGAUGAUGGGGACAUGUCGCUGAGAGAGAAAACAGUGACAGACUUGUCCGUCAUGGAUGGGAAAGCUGCCGACCUGGUGCGUGGGAGGCUGCUGUCCACCUCCAGUUGCUCAGUGUCAGAGUGUAAAGAGGAAGCGGCAUCUCCUGAAGCACCUCCACCUGAGGACGCUGAGACUGCUCACGAAAAGAAGCGCUGCUGUUUCUGCAUCCUGUUAUGACCCUGCAGGACGUCACAGGUUUGAAACCAUGUCUAAGAUCUGGACUGUGACUCCACCUCUGUUCUCUGAACUAAAUCAUGGUAAGAAAAGAGGAAAAACUUUCUUUUUUUUAAUUAUUGUUAUUAUUAAAUCAAAUCAGCCAGCAAAAAUAACCUCAAACCUCAGCCUGUGUGCUCUCAUGUAUUUCAAUAAAAUUACCUCUUCAUUAUGGAUAUGAAAUGUUGGGUAUGUAUGCUGAGAGGUGUUAUGCUUUUAGUUUGAUUUACAUUUUAGAUAAUCAAGUUUAACACAUAUUUAUAAAGUCCAUUGUGUUUUUUUUAAUACUAAAAAAAAAAAUGCAUGUUUCCGUAUCCUUUUGACUGCAAACUGUGACAAACUUUGUGAUAACUAUACAGAAGGCCUUGAAAGAUCAGGUGCUAACAUCAAAUAAAGAAAACUUCAGUAAUAAAA